GAGGCUGUGGUGCGUUUGGGUGCUGCGAGGCGGCGCCUGUCCUGCCAGCUCCACACUGCGGCGGGCCGACGCACAGCUCUUCGUUACAGAAAUGGCGGAGGGGGAGUUGGACGUGGACUCGUUGAUUUCCAGGCUUUUGGAGGUGCGAGGAUGUCGUCCCGGGAAGAUCGUCCAGAUGACGGAGGCGGAGGUGCGCGGCCUCUGCAUCAAGUCGCGGGAGAUCUUCCUCAGCCAGCCCAUCCUCCUGGAGCUGGAGGCGCCCCUCAAAAUCUGCGGUGACAUCCACGGACAGUACACAGACCUGCUGAGGCUCUUCGAGUACGGCGGCUUCCCCCCCGAGGCCAACUACCUGUUCCUGGGGGACUACGUGGACCGAGGGAAGCAGUCCCUGGAGACCAUCUGCCUGCUGCUGGCCUACAAGAUCAAAUACCCCGAGAACUUCUUCCUGCUCAGGGGCAACCACGAGUGCGCCUCCAUCAACCGCAUCUACGGCUUCUACGACGAGUGUAAACGCAGGUUCAACAUCAAACUGUGGAAGACUUUCACCGACUGCUUCAACUGCCUGCCCAUCGCCGCCAUCGUGGACGAGAAGAUCUUCUGCUGCCAUGGAGGCCUCUCUCCAGACCUGCAGUCCAUGGAGCAGAUCAGACGCAUCAUGAGACCCACAGACGUCCCGGACACAGGCCUCCUGUGUGACCUGCUGUGGUCGGACCCGGACAAAGACGUCCAGGGCUGGGGGGAGAACGACCGCGGCGUGUCCUUCACCUUCGGCGCCGACGUGGUCAGUAAGUUCCUGAACCGCCACGACCUGGACCUGAUCUGCAGAGCCCACCAGGUGGUGGAGGACGGAUACGAGUUCUUCGCCAAGCGGCAGCUGGUCACCCUGUUCUCCGCUCCCAACUACUGCGGGGAGUUCGACAAUGCCGGCGGCAUGAUGAGCGUGGACGAGACCCUGAUGUGCUCCUUCCAGAUCCUGAAGCCGUCUGAGAAGAAAGCCAAGUACCAGUACGGAGGGAUGAACGCCGGGCGGCCCGUCACCCCUCCCCGCACAGCCCCGCCUCCAAAGAAACGAUGAGGACGAGACGCCACCGCCGCCGCCGCCGCACGGAAACAAGUUACGAGGAGGAGCCGCAUCCACACGCCACAUCCUGUAACUCCUCCUCCUCCUCCUCCUUCACACUCUGAGUGUUACAACGCUAAAACCGCCACCGCUCCACGGUCUCACUCUGUAGCAUAUCCAAGUGUCUGGUUCUUCUUCUUCUUCUUUUUUCUCUCUCGUUCUUUUUCUUUUCUUUUGUCUUCGUCCUUCUAUUUCUGAGUGACAGCAGGCGUACUGACCACGUGUCCCGCCCCCUCGCUCAGACAGGACAGGUGGAAAAAUGACGACUGCUGGGUUUUCAAUAAAUAAUACCAGGAAGAAAAAGA